AUGUCAAGUCUGGAUCCUAAUGGCACAGUAUUGAUUGAUCCCAGUUAUUGGCACACAUAUAGUAUUAUCUUGCCCACCACUACUUCUCUUUCCAUGGCAUCUACACUUACGGUGAUCAUCUGUCAAAGCAUUAUGUCUUAUUUUCAAGCUGUGGAAAUCAAUCGUGUAACCCUUCGACUGAUCACCCUAGCGUGUGCUGUUGAGUUAGUUCAUGGUGCUUUUCGUCUAGCCAUGUAUAUUCCUGCUAACACAAGAGCAUGUACAGCUUGUGCAUUCUUUGUAGGCUUGACGGAUGUAACUUCACCAUGUGUUUUAGCCAUGGUGGGUGUUCAUUCAGUAUGUGUCCUUGUGAUUCAUGUUCACGAACCACUUAAACUGGAGAAAUACUACUACAUAGUGAUCUUUAUUUAUAGUGUGGUGGUGAAUAUCGUUACUAUUUGGAGUAAUCUUUCUCCUUAUCCAGAGACUUAUCAUUGUUGGUAA